ACAGUGUAGUUCAACUUACCAAACAAGAAAGAUGUACUAUAUCAAGAAUUUAUUCUCUGUUAUUCUUUUUAUAGCAACUAUUCAAGCUGCAUAUUCUUUGAGUUGUUAUUUGUGUAUUGGCCCAGCAAAUGGUGGAUGUGCUACCGGAAAUCUAAAAGAUUUAGUUAAACAAAAAUGUAAUGCCGGACAUUUAUCAAAUCUUCCCGACUUAAGACAUGUGGCUUUAGGAAAUGAAAUUGAUGUACCAGUUAAAGCUUCUUGUGUUCAAUUAAUUGCUACUGAUCCAAAAACAAAUGUAACAGCUUACCAAAGAGGUUGCGCUUUUGUACCUCAGAAAUGGAAAGUUUGUAAAUUCGUAGAAAAGUUUAUUCGCGUUCAAAAUUGCACGGAAUGCCAAAGUGAUAAUUGCAAUAACAAGUCGUUGAUGGAACAUGAGUUUUGAUUACUUUAUAAUAAUAUGUUGUUUUCUUUUUAUGCACUUUAUUUCCUUUUUAUUUUGCGUUAUGCAACUGUAAAAUUGGACUGUUUAGACAUAAAACAUUUUUUUUUUUAUUUUUAUCUGAAACAAUUCAAAAAUACAAUUAUCAUUGUUUAAUAAAAAUAGGAUUUUCGCAGUCUCAGCUAGUUUCUCAUUAAAUAUAGUACCUGAUUCGGGACAAUGGAUUGUAGUCGUUAUUCAUUUGCAAUUAUUUGUACCUGAAUAUUUGCACCCAAACUAAAGCCGACGUCGAACCGGAUUUCAAGCACUCAACAUUUCAAUGUCAAGAGAGUUCGCUAUUUCCGAAGAUGUGCAAACCCUCUUUCAAAUUCUCUGAAACGAACAGGGUAUUCCACAUGGGAUUUCUAUUUAAUCUUUCAAAAUGGUACACAACAAUACUUUAUUUAAAGUUUAUUUAUUUGGAUAUUAAUUAAAUUGACUAGGAAUAUUUUUCAUCUUGGUAUA